CAAGCUACAAAACUUUCUAUGGUGACUUUUUCGUGAUAGGUUAUCUUAUGCGGAGCGAUUUCCGGUAAAAAUUUCCGGUCCUGGCCUGGUUCUGGUUGCGGAGGUGUGAGCAGGUCGCUGCAGACACUCCCUGCGGGGGGAUAAAGCAUCUCUGACGGGCUGCAGGCUCUCCGGACCCCAGCAGCAGCUCCGCCACUCGGAGCGGUCGAGAUGUCCGUCUCCGGAAUGAAGAAGCAGCUCCACAAAGCCAGCCAGUUUCUGAACGAGCGUCUGAUGGGAGCUGAAGGAACUAAGCUGGAUGAAGAUUUCCUGAAGAUGGAGAAGACUGUCACAGUGAUCAACGUUCUGCUGGCUGAGCUUCUGUCCAGAACCACAGACCUUCUCCAGCCAAACCGAGCCUACAGAGCUAAACUGAGCAUGCUCAGCACAGUGUCCAGGAUUCGAGGACAGGCGAGGACAAUGGGAUACCCGCAGACAGAAGCAAUGCUGGGGGAGUGCAUGUUGUUCUACGGCCAGGAGCUCGGAGCAACCUCUGAAUUUGGUGGCGCUCUGAUGGCCGUGGGUGUAGCUCUGCAGCAGGUCAGUCAGACCAAAGAUAUUCUGGAUGUCAGCAUCAAACAGACAUUCAUUGAUCCUCUGCAGGAGCUCCAACGGUCGGAGAUGAAGGAGAUCAAGUACCAGCUAAAGAAGGUCAAUGGCCGCCGGCUAGAUUUUGACUAUAAGAAGGGACGAAGAGGAAAAGUGGCAGCAAAGGAGCUUCAUCUGGCAUGGGAUAAGUUUAUCACGUCUAAAGAGUUGGCUGAGAGGAGCAUGUUUGUCCUGCUGCAGAGUGACGUGGAUCGGAUUGGCCAGCUGGAUGCUCUGAUAGCUGCUCUGCUCGACUACCACUGCAAUGCCCAACGCAUCCUGCUGGGUCUCCAAGGCGACCUGCAGGCCAGGUUAACUGCUGCCAGUAACAAACCAGCACGACGGUUCAGAUCCAAAAAGAUCCAAGUCGGAGACGACCACAGCGGUACCGUUGGGUUUUACCACCAGCUGUCAGCUGCAGCUCCUCGGUCCUCAGGUAAACAGUUCAUGGUGGUACCAUCCAAACCGGGCAGCCCCAUCUCCAGUUAUGUUGACUGUGGGCUGGUCCUGAAUCAGCCCUGCUGCCGGGCGAUGUACUCCUUCAUGCCGAACCGUGAGGGCGAGCUGGACUUCAACGAGGGAGACAUCAUCAUUCUCACGGGUCAGGUUGAGUCCAACUGGUACGAGGGCACGCUCGGGGACCGAUCCGGGCUUCUUCCUGUCAGCUAUGUGGAUGUGCUGGUGCCUCUGCCGUUGCCAUGAUGACGUCCCACCAGACUCUGGAGUCAGAUAUUAGAUCUGACUUCUCAUAAUAUGCAAGUUUCUAAGCUUCUUUUUGCACUUUUCAAUAAGUGAAUGAGUCUGUAAUAAAAAGAAACAGGGUCAAAGUCUCUGCAGCUACGGGGAGUCUUCAGGAAUAUCUUGUUUAUUCCCUUUUUGUUCCUUUAUUUUUCAGUUCAAUUCAAUAAUAAAAAAAAUUAAUCCCAAAGGGAAAUUAAAUGUUGUUAUUGCUCAAAUUAUAAAGAUUUCUCCAAGAGCUGCUGUAGCUCUGGGUAGGAAGGAUCUCUGGUAGCGUCUGUCUUACAGCAGAUCUAAAAAAGCCUCUGACUGAAGACACAAGGAUGCUCAGGGUUCUCCAUAAUAUUCUUCAUUUUAUGAAGAGUCCUUCAUAAACGACAUUUUAUGAAGUACACAAAGAAAUAAAUGACAUCACAUAAAGCCUGGUGUUGGUACAUAAAUUCCUACCACACCUGGUUUCAUGCUCGGUUUUUUGUCCUCAGAGAUACAACUUCUACAAGUUUUCAGGUUUUGUCUUAGAAUAAUAUGGCCUUCAAUGUAAAGUGACUUAAAUCCCUGAAAUACAUAGAAAAAAGUAAACCAACAUUUAGAAGCUGUGUGUGAAAAACUAAGUCCACCCCAUGAUCCAGCAGUUGGUGGAACCACCUUCAGCAGGAAUGACUCUCAUCUGUUAUUUUGUUCUAAAUUAAUCAGCCUAUUGCAUUGUUGUGGAGGUAGUUGGGCUCACACUUCUUCCAGCAUUGCUUCAGUUCAUUAAGGUUUGCAGAGAUUUGUUUCUGCACAGUUCUCUCAAGGUCCCUCCACAGCAUUUCAAACAAGUUGAGGUCUGGACUUUGACUGGGCCAUUCCAACACCUUGAUGCUUCUCUUAUUUGGCCUCCUGGGUUAGAUUUGUGGCUGUGUUUGGGAUUAUAUUAAUGUUGUUUAAUCAGUUUGGGCCAGGCUUCAGCUGUUGGACAGUUGGUCUCACACUUUGGUAUACACAGGAGUUCAUGGUUGACUCGCUGACUUCAAGGCCUGGGUCUUUGUCCUGGGGUCAUGUUCACUCCUUAGAAGAUUCACAGUUGUCUUAAAUGUGUUGAACUUGUGAAUAAUGUUUCUCUCUUUAGAUAGAUGGACUUCAAAUAGAUUGAAAAUGACCGUAUAACUCUUCUGAGAUUGAUGGACAGCAGCAGUUGCUCCUCUAAGAUCAAUUGAUGUCUUUCCUUCUUGGUAAUGUGUUAAUGCACAAUAUGCUCUCUAGCAGCAAACCACUAAGGCCCCUGCUUUUAUAGAUGUGAUAACACUGAUGUGAUCAGCAGCAUCUGGCUUAAUCUUUUCUUCUGAAACCCUGUGAUGGCAGCAAGCGUGUUCUCUUUCCACAGAUGGUCUUUCUGUUUUAGUUUAGUUUCUGUUAAAUAAAUAUUCACAUUUUUAUGCAUUUCAAAGUUUCUGAGCAAUGAGACUUUGGGGAAAUCUUGUAAAAAUCAGACCAACAGUAAACUCUUUAGUUUGUUUUAUUUAUUUCAAGCAUAUUCACAUUCAUUCUCCACCAUACACAUUCACAUGGUUAUUUGCUUGAAAGUUGAGGAAGCAUUUAGACAAAACCACAUUAAAAAGGGUUGGUAAGGUAAAUAAAUCAGCUUCUGUUCUUAGGACCUCUGGGUGAUUUGCUGUGAUUUUCUUGCAGUCCUCAAGUCACUGAAAUGUCCCUGUGAACAUAAUGCACAUAACUGUAAUUUGUGAAUGUUGUCUUCUCUGCUCUAAAGUGCUCACCGUGUCUUAAGUAUUUAUUUAUUUAUACUCUGUCACCUUAUCUAGUUUAACUGCAUUUUUUUUGUUUGCACUACAUCCUAUGAGGUGUUUAAAGUUGAAAGCACACGUACAAGAAUGAAGUAUCAGGUCAGUUCUGCACAGGCUAAAAUCAGGGAAACUUGUGGUUCUGUUGAUUGUAAAGGAAACUAAAUCCAAGAGCUGUUCAAUAAUUUAAUUUUGCUUUAAAGUCUGAAUAAGCUAAAAUAGUCCAUUUAGAGCCAGAAACUGUAUAUGAAUCAUGCAAUAAUCUUCAGUGUAGUUACUGAAAUGGUGAACUGUCCCUUUAAUAGAAAGCUACAUAAUGUAUGUUCGUUGUAGUAGAUCUGUUUUGUAGAUUUGUUUUACACUAAAUAAGUUAGAUCACAUGACUAGCAGAUUAUUAUGGUGUUGGUUAUUGUUCAUAUGGAGGAGACAAAGCAGAGAACUGAAGAGAAAAAACAAUGUUUUAUUUUCUCAUUCUUGGUAAAGUAAAAAAAAAAAAAUCUGAUGAACAUCUUUCUUUGUUAUAUGUAUUCUUUAAAGUUCUGCAGCUUGUCAGUAGAAAAUCAUUUCUUCAUGGACAUUUUAAUAAAGGUUGAAAUACACUCUCA